AUGAGGUCUCAAGCUACCUUAGCCCUGGCUGAGUCAACAUCCUCCACAGACUUGGUUCUUAGAGGAACGAUACUCGAAGAAAGUCAAGUUCUUGCUGUUGUCAACGCCUGGGCUGGCAGCCAAAAGGCCUCUGGCAGUCAACUCGUAAGUCGAGAGUACGACAAAGAAAAUUACUAUAACAUUUCGAUACCUCGCAAGACUCAUAGUUCUCAAGGAGAGUCUUCCUCCAAAACACUCGCCGAUAUCGAUGGCCAGUCUGUCCGCAUGCCCAUGAGCCAAUAUGAAUUGAUGACCGCAGCUAAGGACAUCUUGUCUGCUCUCGUACAACUGGAAAGAGAGUGCAUCUUGAUCACACAGACUUCAGGCAAAUUCGCUGGGCCUGAUAAUGGGGUGACUAAGCCCCGACUGAGGGCUAUCGGCUCCGAACGUGAUCGUCUACUAGUCAAGAUUCAUGACCAGCUUGUUGAUAACCCUCACCCGGCGGCCCGUUCUGCGGCAAAGAAAUUGGCGGCGAAGUAUGACAUGACGCGAAUCAGAAGACAGGCCAAAAGAUAUGAUCGGAACAAUGCGCUAGAGAUAACUGAGCUUGAGGUACGGAAGGAGCCACUUCAUGAACCAUGUCCUGAAUUGGAUGAGAUACUCAAGAUGAUAUUUGAAGUCUGGGAGAGACUCAAUAAUUACUUCGACAAAGCACCUGAUGAGCCUAGUUACCCUACUAUUCUGGAUGAACUGUGUCUCGAGUUUCCCCACGCCGUACGGCAUUUAUGUACAACCAUGCCGUGGACGAUUUGGCCAGCUCUGGUAGUACUAUGGGGUGUCUGUUGGAUGUUUAAGCCAUCCGUGACAGAACCCAUGCUCUCUAUUCUUCAGUGUGCUACGCCCCUUCCAAAUCUAGAGCUGGAUUUUGACACCUCGCAAGUGAAGCCCGCAAGUCUUUUUGAUUCUCAGGAUUCGUACCUGCUAGAUUUCGACUCCAAUCCUUCCUGGCUUGAAAGUGAUAGCCUGGGAUAUGGAUAUGAACCUCAGAGGAUUGAUAACUCUGUGCCACAUAGUAGUGAUAUGGGUAACUUAGGGAUGGAGAUUUUCGACCAUGUUGCUGUCUCUGAUGCCGGUUUACUUCAAGAUUCCUCGCCGAACCACGCUCAAGGCUCCAGUCAAGAGAACACAUCGUCCGAAAAUUAUUCUAGUGGUGAAGGAGAGAGCAACGGACCCUCGACUUCUGAAACAUACGAUAGGACACCAAGCCAUCCCUCAAGGUAG